AUGGGCGAAGCUUACCUGGUACCCGCGCCAAGAGCGCAACCGGACUUCAUCCACCGCUUCGACCAACUCACGACUCGCCUAAACGAGACCAACCUGAACCAAGUCGUCAAGCUGCUUACCUUGAUGCCUUGGGAAUUCCGCCACUUGGUCGACCGUCUGCUCAACGGAGCCACUGAAGCGAGAAUGUCGACGGUGAAGACGGAACUGAAGGCCGAAUGGAAAGCCGCCGUGAAGGGUGGAGCCUUGAAGGCACCCAACGGCUACCCGAACAAAGACCGAGCACUGACUGCCGACGGCGGCGGUCGUGGCAACGGUGGUCGUGGACGCGGCAGAGGUCGCAACACGGAGUCUGCGCCCACGAAACCAGGCAAGUACCACUACUGUGGCAAUGAAGGCCACUGGCAACAGGACUGCCGCAAGAAAGCCCACGAUGAGAGUGCCACCACCGGAAACGGACAUGAUCGGAACGCCCGCGGCAACCAAGACCGACAGCACGACUCGACGUCCAACGCUGCCUACAUGUUCUCGGCAAUGGAAGCCGCCCCUAAGAUGGAAGAACCCCAAGAAGCCGAACCAUUGUUCGAGGAUCCUACCUGGAGUUGGGAGACACGCCCCACCCGUGACGUAUUGCUCCACUGGGAACGCAUCAGCGUGCUGUACAACAGCCACCACGGCCCGGAAGUCGCGCGACUCGGUCAAUUCCUCGUUCUCAACGACCCAAACACGCCACCAUGGAUGACGCACCCGUUCCUAAUCAUACAAUACGACGUGAGAGCGUUUCGACGUGUCGAUCUCAACACGGAAAUCGCCGAGGAAGGGCCACAUUACCGUCCAUGGUCGUCGCCGAUGGACUACAUCUCGUUCCCGAUCAGCGUCAACGGAUUCCCCUGGGCAGAGGCUUACCAGAUCAGCGUGAGACGUAACCGAUCUCUUGUGGCGAUCAUCCACGAUCGCAUCACGUCCAACAUGGACGUCGAAGGGAGUAACGCUGCAAUCGACUUCGCAGCCAACUCCGCGAUCGCCUUGCACGCCAACGGCCUCAGACAUCACAUCGUUGUGGACUCCGGCGCAUCAGCGCACAUGACCGGCGCCGCACAUCACCUCUUUGACACGUCAACCUGUGAUCGACGAGUGGUCGUCGCCAUUCAUGGCCCUUAUGGAUUGGGCUACACACGUGCUACAAUGAUAAAUACAAUGAGAGGCAAUAAUUAUAAAAAAAUUGGAGCAAAUCUUUAA